UACAUCGAUAGACCCCAGCUGUGAAAAAUUGUGAAUGAAAAAAGCGAAUCGUAAAACACUGCAGAGAAUUUGCAAAAGAAUUUGCCACUCUUCCCCGCAAAAGUUAGAGCCCCGCGGAUUAGACCAACUAGUGAGCAGCGAGGCGGCCCGGUGGCCCUAGGAUAUCCUGCCAGGACAACAACCAGUCGCUCGUCCUUUACCUUGCGCCGGCACACAAUGGAGCUGUAGUGUGUGUGCAAUUGCGGGCGUGUGUGUGCGUGGUUGUAGUAGUGGGCGAGUGCGUGUAGUAGUACUACGAACGAGUGUGCAAGGCGACGGGGAAAACAAAAAGAAAUCUAGUUUUUGCUCGAGACUUCCUUGACGGAAUUGCUGGCGAGAUGGAUGCGUAGAUCGAUGCGAGGAUUGCUGAUGCGCUAGCACCUUUUCCCGGAGCCGGAGGCAGUGCAUUCCACCGGAGGCAGUGCAUUCCACCGGAGGAGUCGAGGACCAACGUCCCACGUCGGCCACAUCCCGAUCCCGAGAUGCUGCUGGCCUCCGCCGGUCUGCCGGCCUACGACGCCGGAAAGCUGGCCAGCAACGCCGGAUCCGGCUCCAGCGUGGGACCCGGCGGAGUGGGCACGCCCACAGCAACGGUCGCCUCUCGUCCCAGUGCCGCCAGUGCGCUGAUGAAAACCCUGUCCGUGCGCCUGCACCGCGGCACCGAGUUCAUCAAGGACACCGUGCAGAAGGCCCUGGUCAUGUCGGCACCCACGCCGGUUGUUCCGGCACCUGCUCCGGCGCCCAAGAUCCUCGACCACGCGCUCAAGCGCAAGCUGAGUGGCGCAGGUGGACUGAUGGGCUGCAGCAGCCUCGGAAGCACCGCCUCAUCCAUAACAGUGUCCGCAAGGAGCCACCACCUCGUCAACCAGGUGACGUCGGCACAGGUGGUCCCCUUGGUCAGCCAGGUGCCCACUGCCGCCUUCCUGCGCACUUACACGGUGGCUCCCACAGCCCUGCACCGAUCUGCAGCCGCCCGGAAGCGCAAUCCCAGCACCGACAGCCUACUCAUGGACCUCUGCCUCUUUAAACCAAUCAGGCCAAUGCCCAUAACGCCAAUUAAAAUCCACAAGUUCCGCGGCUUUGAAUUAAAAAAACCAAAAUUUGUGCCCGCUACAAAUCUGGACAGCGAAGAAGACGAGGACGACGGCGAAGAUGAGUUAGUCCACAAACCAAAGCUCAGCAACUUGACAUUGCCAACAACUGAGGGUUCGGCAUUCGUCGCGAUGCCCCCUAUAGAAACCACCAACACCGCCAUCACCGCAACCACCACUACCACCACUAACAGCAGGAGCAGAUCCCGCUCCCACAACACACACACCUCAGGCUCUGCCCAGCCCAUUGCCGACCCAAAGCGAAAGCGUCGCCGUCGUGCUCCAAUGCUAACGGCCAAGCGGCGACGCAAGGCGCCCGAUACGGAAUCCACCUCUUCAGCGGACGGAGCUGCAGGACUGAAGCGACCUGCCGAACGCAAAGCAUCAGCAGCAGCAGGCGGCAGAGCCAAGCGCAGUCGUGGAGAACCACCGAUCGCGGCUACCACGCCAGCAGAUCCGAUUGCAUUUCCCGUUUCGAUUAAAGCCCCAACCAAGCGGAAGGCACCCUGCAGGAGUGCAGCCGCCAAGCGCAGUCGCGGAGCUUCUGCGGCGGACGAGACUGCGCUCACAACCAGGUCCACCACCUCCCCAGCGAAACUGGCCGUAGCAGCCGGCAAGAGCGCGACCAAACGCAAGGCGGCCACUGAAAGGGGAGCCGCCAAGCGCAGUCGUGGAUCAGCCGCCUCGCCAGCGCGUCCCUCACCGCCCAUGACACGUCAACGGGCUCGCCAGCAGAUCUCCGCCAGCAACUAAGCUCCAGGGAACUUGGAUGCUCGCUCAUUGGAACGUAAGCCGAUAUGGCAGAAACAAGGAAAACAGAAAUCAACAGUGGAAAGAGUCGCGCGUAGGAGACUCGCUAAAUUCUAAGUCUUUUGGUUCUAGUUACUGUUUAUGUGUACGUAUUGCGUCUUUUCUUUGAAGUAAGUUGAAUGUAAGAUAAGCCAGUAGCAACGUGAGGUACACGCAGUUCGACUCGUUUCGUUUCGAUUGGUUUGUGCAAUCUGAAUUUGUCCGGAAGAGCUUGAGUCCUCGGGUUUCAGUACGCCAUCUUCACUUGUUUUCGGUAAAUGUUUUACACAACUCUCUGGCUUGGUCUUCAAGACUGAUAUAACAAAAAGCAUCCGCUACGAAUAAAAUAUUUUACUAAAUGAUAUACGCAAAGCAAAAACUUAGGAAUUUAUGUUAAACCCUCAUACAAAUCAUAAAGAGAAAGUAUUAAAUGUAUAAAGGAAAUUGUAAAAUUUAAGUCAUUCCUGCUAAUGAUAUGUCAACUGAAACAACUUUUGUCACUAUAAUUUUAUGUUAUUUCUACGCGUUUCGUUGAGGUAGUGUUCGAUUUAGUUUAUGUGCUGCCUGUGAGGCAAAUUGGUAAGGAUGUAUGAAAAGAACAGGAUGAUGAUGAGGAGAAAACGCCACAACUACAAUUAAUUUUCCUACUUUAAUUAAGUUUGUUAGAAUUUAUAGCUUAGAGACAAAGUAAACAAUUCAUUCAUACAAUAUAAACAAGUAUAUGUAAUACUAUCUUUAUCUAAACGUACGACCUAUCUGUAAGAACAGCAAUGAUAUAAAGAUAUAGAAAUCUAUAUAAAGAACAUGCCGGUCAAA